CGUUAAAAUCAAUUAUUUUUUUCCAUAUUUUGACCAAAAAAAAUAGUUCAGAAAAUAUUUAAUGUCAGAAGAACACCUCUGAGUUGAUCAGGGCCCUUUUUUCCCUCCUUUCCCCUCCGCUGCAUGGCACUGACUAUGGAAGAUCCUGGGCCCCCAAGCGCUCUUCAGUCAUGGCAACCCGCAUCACAUUCCUUGUUUGCAGCCUUUUCUUCUUCAAGACUGUUUGUCCUGUAUAUAGGUCAACUAUUUGUGUUUCGUUUCCAAAUGUUUUUCUACUCUCAGGAGCUGCCAAGUGCAGCGAAAGCCAACUAGCCUGAGACAAAAGAAAAACAAAUACACCAGUGCAUCCACCUCACUCAUUUUGAUGCUCUAAACUGAAAUUAAUAUCAACUUUUUAUGUUGCUUUCUAUCUUCAAUUUCCAUAGAUUCAUUCUUUGUAGUAUUUGUAUCACUUGUAUCUGAUUCUGUGUUUUUUCUAUUUGGUGCUAAAGUUUUAAGUGGUUUAAAAUGCUGUCACUCCAUAGGUGAAAGUCUUCUUGAGCUGAUGUUUUCACUACAUUUGGAAGCUGUACAGUCAGUACAGUCUUAGCUGCUCUGCUUCCUGAUACUGAAGAGUCUGGGAUUUUUGUUCAUGUAGACUGUUCAAAAUGAAUGAACAUCCUAAAAAGAGAAAAAGGAAGACUCUGCAUCCUUCUCGUUACUCAGAUUCUUCAGGUGCAAGCAGAUACAUAGACAACAGUGGGAUUUUUUCUGACCACUGCUAUAGUGUCUGUUCCAUGAGACAGCCAGAUAUAAACAGAGGUAGAUUCCACAGUCCUGUGCAGAGCCUGGACACGGAUGAUGACGGGAGCCCGGUGCACGCCGGGAGCUCUCACUGGAGCGGGGCACACUCAAACGCUGCCAUGCACUGCACAGACCCUAAAAAGAAGGAUAAAGAUAAAGGUACUAACAAUGGAAUGUGCAGAGACUUAUGUGACUCACCUAUAUUCAGUGACAGCCCCACAGAAGAAGAGAAACCUCUAGAUAUCCAAACUGUAGAAAUUUCUACAACAGAAGUGAAUGCUGUAGAAGUUCACGAUAUAGAAACACAGACUGUGUCACCUGAGAAGCUGGAAGCUGAGGACCUUGAGGAAAUCCCUCUGGAGACCUGUAAAAUCUUUGAGAAGAACCAGGCUUUGAAUAUCACAGCUCAACAGAAAUGGCCCUUGCUGAGAGCCAACAGCAGCGGCCUGUACAAAUGUGAGCUCUGUGAGUUCAACAGCAAGUACUUCUCUGAUCUGAAGCAGCACAUGAUCCUGAAGCAUAAGACAUGUACAGACACUCACAUCUGUAAAGUCUGUAAGGAAAGUUUCUCCAGCAAAGUGCAGCUCAUUGAGCACGUAAAACUCCACGAGGAAGAUCCGUACAUCUGUAAAUACUGCGAUUACAAAACGGUGAUUUUUGAGAACCUGAGUCAGCACAUAGCAGACACUCACUUCAACGACCACCUGUACUGGUGUGAGCAGUGUGAUGUGCAGUUCUCCUCCAGCAGCGAGCUGUACCUGCACUUCCAGGAGCACAGCUGUGACGAGCAGUACCUGUGCCAGUUCUGUGAGCACGAGACCAACGACCCCGAGGACCUGCACAGCCACGUGGUGAACGAGCACGCGUGCCGGCUCAUCGAGCUGAGCGACAGCUACCACAGCAAGGAGCGGGGCCAGUACAGCCUCAUCAAUAAAAUCACUUUUGACAAAUGCAAAAACUUCUUCGUGUGCCAGGUGUGCGGCUUUAGGAGCAGGCUGCACACCAAUGUCAACAGGCACGUAGCUAUUGAGCACACCAAAAUAUUCCCUCAUGUUUGUGAUGACUGUGGGAAGGGGUUUUCAGGUAUGUUGGAAUAUUGCAAGCACCUAAGCUCUCAUUUAUCUGAAGGGAUUUAUUUGUGUCAGUACUGUGAAUAUUCAACAGGACAAAUUGAAGACCUUAAAACUCAUUUGGAUUUCAGGCAUUCAGCAGAUUUGCCUCAUAAAUGUACUGAUUGUUUAAUGAGGUUUGGGAAUGAAAAAGAUCUGUUAAGUCAUCUUCAGAUACAUGAGACGGUGUGAUUGCUUUCUUUCCCUGUAAUCAGUUUGUUUAGAAUUUGAAUCAAUUUCCAGUCACUGGAAUGUGAUAUUAAAUACAAUUUUAACAGCAACUGUACAUUUCUAAUGUUUUCAUCUUUAUAUCAGCAAAGCAUGUCUAGCACUUGGUGUUGUGAAUUUCCUUGUCUAGGGGUUUCAGUAGGAAUAAUCACAUUUACACCGUGGUGGAUCAGAUUUUGGGGGGAGGGACAGGGGGAGUAAUUGCAUGUUGUGAUACCAGUUCUCCUGGUCAUCCUGCUCUUUCAUGUCUAGUGUACAGGACCAGCUCUCUUGAGUUUAAAAAGGCACAAAAACAAAGCAAAUAUCUAAUUC